AGCUGCUUGUCGUCUGCUAAAUAGCGCAAGAGAUUGCUACCGAUGCAGAGAAGAAACGCGUUAUGAAGCACACUCUUCAAUUCGGACAAAUUACGCAUGCGUGCUUGCACUGUUGAAAAUACAAGCGCAUGCUGAAAGUUGAACAGAAAAAAAUGCAUCUUGCGGAGGCUAGUCACGUGUUUUCUGCAGUGUGCCCGAGGAAAAUGACGUCAACAUUCAUCACGUGACCACCAGUAGUGUACAAGAUUAGUUGUUUGUUUAUAAUUAUAAUGAAGCUACGAAUGUGGUUCCGGUGAAGCCUGUAGUAGUCAUUGGCUGAAAUGAAAUUCGAUUAUAUGUAAAGCAUGAAAUGAGCCUCAUAGAAACAUUCUGAUUGGAAGAUUUCAGCUCUUAUUUGAUGACACACCAGAAACGUAGUAACAAAAUCCCAUCGUAAAGAAGAACCUUCAGAGGUGUCAGACAGGGCAACAUGUUCAUUAACAAAAGGAAGCAGCUGUUAGCAACUGCAUUAAUAAAUAUGCACUGCCUGCUUUAUUUCACUCAAAAUAAUCUGUGUUGGCACUGAGAAUAAUGGGUGUACAAGUGACAUUUUUAUUUUUGGUGGUCUCAGUUGUGAGAACACAGGCAAAAGUUGGUAAUGGAGAAGCUGCCUCAGCCUGGACAUCCAAACUUGAUACAGAGAUACCAGCUUAUUGUAAUGUGCCACCAAAACAAGACUGGAACAUAGUAUCAUAUUCUGACAAGCAUGGGGACAUGGUGCCAUCUUUGGACCCAAGUGCAAUCUCACUUGACAAACUUUUUCACGUCUCAUCGUACCAGAUUCCAGAAGUAAUAGAAAACUUCUCAAUACUUAAGACAAUAUCUGGUUGCACAUGUGCUGUGAAAGAUGAAACAGCAUUAUGUAAUGAGUUGCACCUGAAUCAGAUACCCUCAUGUGUUGGGAAUAAAUCUGCAGCAGUUAUUCUCAUAUCACGAAAGGUUUCUGGAAUUACUGCAGAAACAUUUAAAUACACUCCAAAUCUGGAAUAUCUAAACUUAACUGAAGUGGGUUUGCGACAGCAACUGUCAGCUGACAUGUUUUCGCAGUUUAAUAAACUGAAACAUUUGGCAAUACAAGACCAUGGGAUCAUGCCAGAGUUGCCAGAAGAUGUGUUUAAAGGACUUGGUGGAUUGGAAAGCUUGUACUUGUAUAACAAUGGAAUCCAGCUUCUCCCUCCUAAUAUUUUUGCACCACUGACCAAGCUGCGACUAUUGAACUUAGCUGAUAAUAAUUUCCGAAGGCUGCCAACAGGAAUAUUUGACAAGAAUUUGGAACUACGUGAGCUUAUACUGAAUGGAAACUAUUUGAAGAAUCGUUACAAUCCACACUUGCUAAGCCACAAUGCAGAACUUCGAGUGUUGCUGAUGAAAGACACGCACUCUUCUGAGCUAAAUGUAAAUUUGCUGGAAAGUACAACAAAACUACGAUGGCUUGAUUUGUCUGAUAAUUACUUAAAGCAGUUACCUGCAGCUGCACUUCAAAACUGUCAGAAGCUCAACCGUCUUGGUAUUACAGGCAACAGACUGGAAAAUCUUGACAUGGAGCUGCUUUUACAGCAUAACAUAGGUCUUCAGAGGUUGGAUCUACGCGGUAACGAGUGGAAUUGUAACUGCAGUAUUAUUCCUUUAAGUGGCUGGACUUUGGUCCGUGAAGAGGCAGUGGCAGGAAGGCCAGUUUGUCAGCAACCACCUGAAGUUGUGGGAACACCUUUACACAAGUGGUUUUGUACCUAUGGUAAUGUAUGCACCACUUCCGAUUUGCAGAAAGACUUGAGUGAGUUUGUUGAACUAACAGAAGCAAUAGCAGACAACCACACAUUUUUGGAACCAAGAAAUAUUUCACAUAUUAUUAGCAACUGUUUCUUCUUUGGAAUGUCUUCUGAACUAGGGUCUAGCAUUGACCUAGUUGUUGGGCGUUUUAUACAUUUGUUGGGUAAUAUACACCAAAGAAAGCAUGGCACUGCUACUAACAAGAGGGGACCUGCUCCUCAAAUAGAUACUGCUGCACUUGCAAGACAAGAACCAACAUUAAGAUUCUCUUAUAUCUUUCAGAAUAUUCCUGAAAACUUAAAAGAGGCUGUAAAUGCUGGCUUAGAGGCUGAAAUUAUUUCAAUGUUGCAUUCAAGUAAUUCUCAAGAGACUGCCCCCAGUAUUGCCACUUCCAGUGUCAGGAUAGCAAUAGGCCUUCGGGAAGAAUUUCGUAGAAUUUUCUCUGUAUAUCAGAAGUGUUCUUUUCCUUUUGUGAGCAGAACUGAAAUGGAAGCAGCUUUUCCUCAGUCUUCAUCAGCUAGUGGAUUUGUAGAUGUGAGUCUGUACAUUUACUUAGCUGUAUUAGUAAUGUGGGCUCAAUAAAUGGAGCCACACAUCAUUGCUUUGCAUCCCCAGUCUGUGAAAAUAAUAAUAAUAAUAAUAAUAAUAAUAAUAAUAAUAAUAAUGAUAAUAGAAAACUAAAAGGCUUAUUUUUCAAAUAAUAUCUUUGUUGUGAUAUUACCUUUAGAAGUGGUUUUGCUUUAUCUGCAAGACGAAGCAUUGAUCUUAGAGGUUUAAAAAGUCUUUCACAAAAUUUUAAAAUACCUAUUAUAGGGGUAAUGUAUCUUUUUUACAUUAUUUUAUUUUUGCCACUUCAGACAUUUCUGUUGAUACCUUUGUUUAAAAAUCGAUACUAAUCAGAUGGAGGGAACUGGCUCCAAACAAGGGCUGUGUGAGAUAAUGUUGUCUUGCUGCCAGUGGAAGAAGUUUGUUUGGGUCUUAACAGUUUAUUAUUUUUUUCAUUUCAUUCUUUUGCUCUUUGUUAAUUUAACUUCCAAGGAAACUAUAUUUGUGUCUAAUGACUUGUUUCUUUUCAUAUUGUUGCAUUCAAGUGAUCAGCCACUUAUGCUUUUAGUUCUACAAACAAAAUCAUCUUGUCAUAAAUAAAACUUGUAAUUUCCAAUUUAACCUCCUCAUCUUUCUUCUGGUGUGAAAUGUUGUUUCUGUGAAAAUGGAACCUUAUCUGUUCCCACAAUUUGUUACAAAUAAUCAAAUAAUAAGACUUUCAUUGAUUUUAUGUAAGAUGGCAUCAUAUUUGAAAUUUGUCCAGUGAUAUUUAUAAUUUUGUGUGUACAUUCUGUGCACUAACUACUUGAAAAAGUGUUUUUCAGUAUUUUUCAUGUCCAUCACUCCAGGAGUACAUAUGUUUAUCAGCGCAACUGUACUACUCUCUUGAGAAUUUUUUGAGGUUCCUUGUGUUUGUCUUCAUCCUACAUUUUUGUUCGUUCAUGAGGAACAUUUUAGUUGCAUUGAUGUUUAAUUUUAUUUUCAAUUUCCUACCAACUUCUAUGAAAGUCUUAAAUGCUCCUUGUUUCUUAUUAUUAAGUAACAUCUUCAGCAUGUCAAAUAAAUGAAAUCAUUACCAAUAAUUUUAUUGCUUCUGUGAACAAAUUAUUAUAUCAAAAGGCAACCAUUCAUCUGCAAGUAAUUAGCGUGUGGCACAGCAAUAUGUGAUAUGUGUAAUGUGUAACAGAUCAAGAAAAUCACAAUAUCAUUUGAGCUACAAUAUUAUUAUUUUAUGGCAUAAGUAUGCUUUUUCUCUGCAUCAAAUCCAAAACACACACACACACCAAACCACAAGAAUGCAGACUUCUGUUGGCCUUGUAAAACUCUGUUUCCUCAGUUCAAUAACCAUGAUCAUAAUUAAAUGAAGAUAAUCAAGUUUCAACAUAUUUGUUGGAAUCAAUUAACAUAGAAUAUUAUAAUAUUUUAAGUAGGAAAACAGAGUUGGAGACCGGGCAACCUAAGUUGAUUGUGGCAGUAAGCAGCAGUCAAUAAAUAUACUCAUCUUGAUUUCUCAUAGAAAUUGUUCACUCAGCUUGUUGUCCUGUGAGAUUCAGAUUAUGAUUCUUUCAGAGCUCCUGGUCUUGACACGUUUAUGAAAAGAACAUAAAUCUGUUAAUGUUGGACGAUCAUAUUAUAUUCUUGAAUUCAACUUGGGUAAUAAUAUUAUUCUCCUCACUCAUGUAAUAAAUGACACUGGUUAAAAUGAUGACUUUCCAAUCAGACUCUGCUUUUAAUGUUCACUGAUUUUAUAUUUCCUGCUCUCUCUUAUUUAAAAUGCCAAUGGCCUAGCCACAGUGGUAACAUUGGUUCCCAUCAGAUCACCAAAGUUAAGCACUGUCGGGCUGGACUAGUGCUUGGAUGGGUGACCAUCCGGUCUGCCGAGCACUGUUCGCAAUGAGGUGCACUCAGCCCUUGUGAGACAAACUGAGGAGCUACUUGAUUGAGAAGUAGCGGCUUCAGUCUCGUAAACUGACAUACGGCUGUGAGAGCGGUGUGCUGACCACAUGCCCCUCCAUAUCCGCAUCCAGUGACACCUCUGGGCUGAGGGUGACAUGGCAGCCAGUCAAUACCAUUGGGCCUUCCAAGGCCUGUUCAGAUGGAGAGGAGUUCUGAUGUAAUACAAACAUUAACAUUCUCAAUACAGUUUGAUGUUAUGGCAUACAUUUCAUAAUACAGAAAUGCACAGACUUGGCUUCCCACAUCUGUCUUCCUCAAACCAAAUGCAGAGACUCUUUCAAAAAAGUUAUAAUGUGGGAAACAAAGAUAGUCCACCUCAUUGGUCCAAAGAGUUUGUAAGAUAACAUAACAGGAGUUCUGAGAUGAUGUUUAUAAGGAAAACAAUGACCAGCACAAAAACAUAUUCUAUGGAGAAAAUAACAAUUAACUAUUCCUAAGAAUAAUGAAAUUUCAAAUUAUGGUUGCCAGACAACAUUAUGAUACUGAAAACUCCUAUAAUGAAAACAAGAUAUGCAAUUUUCAAAAAAAAAAAAAAAAAAAAAAAAAAAAAAAAAAAAAAAAAAAAACAUCGACAAAAUAUGAAUGGAAUCAAACAGCUCACUAAGCAGGGAUAUAUUGUCAACUAUUCUUGAUCAGGUAACACUAUGGUAUAGAUUCAUUUCACCCUCCAGAUAGGUUUGUUGUAUGAUUUUCUGAUCUAUUAGAUGUACCAUGUGUCUAUGUGACACCCAUAAUUUAUUUUCAUAUGAGUGGUUGUCUUUCCUAAUUUUUACUAUUGUAUCCAUCCUAGAAUUCUUGUUAUAAAGAUUUCACAAUACAUAAAAUUCCGUUGAACAAUCUUACCACACAAUUUUCUUAUUUUUUAUCUCUAUUGUUCUAUCAUCAGUUUUUAUAUCUUACACUCUCGCUUUUGAACUGCUCUUCAGAAAAUUACAUAAAAUAAGGGGAAGGCAACAGCUUAACCAUACCAGACUGGAUCUAGGCACACACAAACACGCCACAGAAAACAGUUAACACUAGGUUUUGAGCUGUAGCUCUUUUUCUAGUAUGGCACACACAUCUACACAAACAAGCAUGCUAGAAAAAGAGCAAGAGUUGUAAGGCUAGUGUUAACUGUUUCCUAUUACAUGUUACUGUGCCCUACACACCAGUCCCCUAUACUUCCCAUUAUUUUAUAUAAUUUUCCAACCAGGAGUUUCCUUUAUUGUCAUAGAUGGAAAAUUAUUUGCAUAUCAAGUCACACAUUGAUGCUGACUGAAUCAAGCAUCUCUUUACUUCUUUACUGCAUCAAAUAAUAGUCUGCAUUCUAAUUUGAAGUUAUUGCCACAAAAUUACUCUUUCAUUGAAAUCAUUGUGAUCGUCAUGCAAUUAAAGUCAUUAAGGAUUAUUUGGAGGUAUGGAAUUUGAGGGGCAAUCACCCAUGGCUAACAGAAUUAUUUAAGUUGCAGUAAAACUCCCUUUUUAAACUUUCCAACAGACUGACCCAGAAAAGUGUAAAAUAUGGGAAAAUGUAAAAUACAGGAAACCAUGGGAAACACAACAAGAGAAAAAUGAAUAAAUUACUCUUACUGUCAUUCUCUUUAUAUUUUCAAACUAUGAAAUUAAAACAAUUUAAAGUUUGCUCAUUUAAAAAAUCAGCAACUUGGAAGCAAAAGUCUUUCAUGAAACCAAUGUAAAAAGAUACAUGUGUUCUAAUGUGAGACAUAGUAUUGAUAAUCAUUAUAAAAUUAUGAUAAACAAAAAUUAUAACACAGUAUUGGUUAGAACAAUAAAGUUAGCAGUCUUUGUAAAUAGAGAACAAUAGGCCCGAAAUCUACAGCCUGUUGCCAACAAGGAGGUCACUCGGUUUAGGGAUGUCUUGGGUGAGAAGGAGGAUAGAAAUUGUUGUCAUGCUGCGGAGCAUCUUGAGGAGGAAUGUCUAUCUCUGACAUCAAUUUGUACCACCCUAAGACUGUGCACCUGGUAUUGAGUAGUGUACUUCAUGCAGAAGCAAAAACCUUUCAUGAAAACCCAUUAUAGAGACAGCUAUCUUCAGAAGUGGUGUUUAUUUGUAUAAAUGACUGGUAAAUUAACUUAAAGCUGUUGUAACACAAUGCAAUGAGCAGAAGGAAGGUUGCUACUAGAGCAACUGUUUACAUCAUUAUUGACGUUAAUGCAGUGACUUGGCAUACUUUCCUGUAUUAACACGAUUCACGUUGUCCAUCGCACUUCACAUAAUGUAGACUGGGAACUGUCUGCUAGGCACGCCCGAUGUAAAACUAACUGGGCACAGCCCGUGCUGCCUGAGUUGUUGUUGUUCCGCCAGCAGAGGGCGUGGCCGAAUUCUCGCAUGCCCUCUGGUGGACGGGACUUUACUUGCGGCAACUACUGUCCAUGAUGCGCCGUGGCAAUGUGCGCCUCCCACGAUCUUUCUGGUGACUACUGCAUUUCCCACCCUUCCAAACACUGCAAAUCUAUAAUACAGGCAGCCAUGACCGAGCAUGCUGACAGUGAAAAUCUGGUUUACCACAUGAGUGCUACAUUACAUGAUCAAUAACUCUGCAUAUAGCCCAUGUUUUCUGCUUUGUUUCAAGAAUCGGAAUACGGUGCACUUUUUGCAGAAAUAUGUAUGAAAAUCAAUGUUAAAGGUGAUGCUAAUGUCAAAAAACUUAAAAUGGUGGAAAUGUUGUAGCACAGAAUCAUUAAUGAUGGAAAAGCAUUGAGAGAAUAGGACUUCUGCUGGGACCGACAAAAAUGAAUGUAAAAAGUAGUAAAACAUAAAUCCAGGAACAUAAAACUGGGGUUUUACUGCAUUUUUGACAAUCAGUCAUGCACUUCAGCUUUUUGUGCUGUUAAGAGUACCAACAUCUUUUUCAUAGCAUUUGAAUACAAUGUACCGGAGAUUAUUUUCAUGGUGUAACUGUACUUGUAUAUGAGGUCUGUGUGGAUAAUAUGUCACAAUGGUUUAGUCAACUCAUGCAGAUAUCAACAAAGAAUUCAACUAUUAUGACUGUCUUUUGCUUACAUCAGUUUGAAUUUUGUUUUCCUUGAACUUAUGUUAUCCUUUUGUCAAGUCAAUAUACAGUAUUAUGACUGUGACCAUCAACUCAUUUUAGCCAAACAGUAAUUUCCAGUCUUACUUGUCCAUUGCAUUGUUUGUAAUGUUUGCCAAAUAGUGUAUGGAUCUAAGUAUUCAAUAAUCUUAGUAGAUUCUUUUCUUAACUUUGUUAUGCCACAUGACUGUUUGAUCAAUUUCUAACUUUCUGAUCAUUACCUUGCUGUUGUUCAUUCUCUUAGUCCACACAUCUCAAAGAACUGCUGUUUUACAAUUUCUUCUUCACAGUGAGAGGAACCUUUUUGAACCAUCCAAAUUGCCUUAAGCACUAAUAUUAACAUUCUGCAGUGUCAUCCAAUGAUAUUCCAGUCCAUAUUUCUACUAAUUAGUGUAUUAUUCUGAGCUUUGAAAUUUUGUAAAUAGUUUGUACACUUUUUAUUGAAUGUUUGUAGUUCUAUUUUUGUUCCUUUGAUCAAAUUAUCUUUUUGGAAGCAUAUAAGCAUCUUAAAUGUUAGUUGGAAGAUAUAUAUAUUAUUCUUCCUUUUUAUUUUUCUGGUUGGUUCCAACACACCUACCAAAGAUUGUUAUUAUAGAUAGAUGACCUCCACUUACAUCGUUUUCUAUGACAAACUUGUCUUACACCUGAAAAUUCAUUAAGGCCUCAUAGUGUGAAUUUAUAUCAUAUUCCAGUACACCUUAAAUUCUUACUGUUGUCCACUGUACAGGCAUUAUCAUUACAUAUCACUAUACCUGCUUUACCUGUUAUCUUACACUCAUAUUUUAUACUUUCACUUUACUGUACUUUGUGGCCAUGAUUGUUAAUAUAAUUUUACUUGUUGGUACAACUGUUGGACUAGUCCUGCAUAAACUGAAUGUUAUAUGCCUAAAUUAUAUAUGUGCUUUUCUUGCCAUUGGAAUGGUGUUUUCCCCUUCUUUAUUGUUUCUGCUGUAAGUAAAUUUAAAAUUCUUGAUCUGGAGUCAGUAUUGUAAGACUGUCUUGCCACUCAUUGAUAAUUACAAAAUGUUUGUUUUGUAUUUAUAGACAUAAUUCUUUGCUUCAAGUACAAAAAUAUCAUAAAACUUCAGAGAGAUAAUUUCUCAGUGUUUUGAUUGUAAAAUGUAUUAGGACCAUCACUUUAGUUCUAAAAUUUUUAUAUGUUAUACUUUUGCUAGUGCUCUGUACCUGAUAGUCAAUUUUAAAGUCUGUUAAGUAAUAGAAAGUGCUAUGAUCUUUGUUAUUUGUUUUAAUGUGAGUUUUAUUUUCAACAUUUAAAAUGGCAUAUGUACACCAUUCAUAAGGCAGAAAACAGAUUACAAAAAUGAAAACAAUUACUGAAUAAAAUCUGUCUUAAAUAAUGAUAAAAUGAUCUAGUGUGUUCAGCUUCUUACUCUUUGAAAAUAUUUCAGAGAUUUUAUAAUUUUUGUUAUAAUCAAUAUAUUUAAUUUUAUCUCUACCUUUAUAUUAUUCUUUUAUAUGUUAGUACUUGUAUAGCUUUAAAAUACAUGCAAAGAUUUGUUGUAAGAUGAGAGAGUGUAGUUCUUUAAGAUUGGUUAUGUAAUGGUAACCUGGAUGCUGUGUCUGAACGAGAAGUGAUUUAUUCUUUUGCUAUUAUAAAUGCAAUUUCUGUGGUAGACACAAAUGUAGAAUUUAUAAAACCAUUAAGGGAACGAAAAUAUUUAAUCACCAAUAAAUGGUGGAACAAGUA